AUGAAGGACGCUGGCUCUAUCAUGCUCAAGAUUCGACUUGUCACGCUGGAUGGGUCGAAGGCAGCAAAUCCACCGCAGAAUGUUCCAGAUUUGAACUCGCAAGGUCAACUAGGCGAUCAUUGUAUUGGGUACGGCCAGGAGAUGGACACGUACAAGCAGUCGCCCAUAACGUGGAAGGUGAAGGCGUCCGACCAGGGCAGUAACAGGUCACACGUUACCUUUCUGUUCCGGUACAGGUCUCCCGGUGAGUUUUGA